AUGCUCUUCGCCGUGGCCGCGGCCCUCGCGUGCGCCCUGGUGGCGACGGCGGCGCCGCCCGGCCCCGCAUCCCCGCGAGACGCCGCCGCGCGCGACCUCUUCGACAGCGUGCGGCAGCUCAUCCGCGAGGGCGACGAGGCGCUGGGGGUGCCCCCGCUCGACCCCUUCCGCCUCGCCUUCGCCAACGGCUCCUUCGCCAGCGACGGCUCCUACGCGGUGGCCGUGGCCGUGCCUGCUCUCCGGCUGACCAGCGGCUACAGCUUCGAUGGGGUGGUGAAGGUGCGCGGCCAAGACGUGGAGCUGUACGGAAACGGACCUCUCGAGGUUGAUGUGAAAAACAUCGAUGUGUCGGUGGAGGCGGUGAUAACUAUCCUGACACAGAAGAUACGUUCGAUCACCACGAGCAUUGACAUAGGAAAUAUUGAGGUGGCCGUGGACGGGCUGCUGGAGGGAGGGCUGGUGAACCCGUUCAUCAGCGCAGUGGUGAGCGAGCUGGCCAACGAGCUGUUCGCCGAGCAGCGGGCGGCGCUGGAGCAGGCGGCGAGCGACGCACUCAAGGAGCCCCUGCAGGCCGCGCUCGACAGCUUCUCCCUGGACGAUCUUCUAUGUUUGUUGGGGCUUUGCUCUGAAUCUGCUGUGAUGGAGGCCAUGAAGGAAGCUGCAACUCAAGUUGUAGAUGGCGAGGCGUAUUCAAUAUGAUAAUCUGGACGUGCAUAAAACUAUCUCCCGAAACGCUGCCUUUACCAGAAUUCCAACGUUUAAAUACUUGCGUGUAAUGAAAUUUUGUAAAAACAGUCACAAUGUGAUCUUUCA